ACGGGCCCGCGCACGCGCGCACUCGGCCAGGGGAGGAGGAGACAGCUCUCGCGAGAGUAGGAGUUUUGGCGAGAGUUUGUGGAAGAUGGCGCCUGUUGUGACAGGGAAAUUCGGUGAGCGACCUCAACCUAAACGUCUUACCAGGGAAGCUAUGCGGAAUUAUCUAAAGGAGCGGGGUGAUCAAACAGUACUAAUUCUCCAUGCAAAAGUUGCACAGAAGUCCUAUGGAAAUGAAAAAAGGUUUUUUUGUCCCCCUCCAUGUGUGUACCUUAUGGGCAGUGGAUGGAAGAAAAAAAAAGAACAAAUGGAACGGGAUGGUUGCUCUGAACAAGAGUCACAACCAUGUGCUUUCAUUGGAAUAGGAAACAGCGACCAAGAAAUGCAACAGCUGAAUUUGGAAGGAAAGAACUAUUGCACAGCCAAAACAUUAUACAUCUCUGACUCAGACAAGAGAAAGCACUUCAUGUUAUCAGUAAAAAUGUUCUAUGGCAAUAGUGACGACAUCGGUGUGUUCCUCAGUAAACGGAUCAAAGUCAUCUCCAAACCUUCUAAAAAGAAACAGUCACUGAAAAAUGCAGACUUAUGUAUUGCGUCAGGAACAAAAGUGGCACUAUUUAAUAGACUUCGAUCCCAAACAGUUAGCACCAGAUACUUGCACGUAGAAGGAGGUAAUUUCCAUGCCAGUUCACAACAGUGGGGAGCAUUUUACAUUCAUCUCUUGGAUGAUGAUGAAUCAGAGGGAGAGGAAUUCACAGUGCGAGAUGGCUACAUUCAUUAUGGACAGACUGUCAAACUUGUGUGUUCAGUUACUGGCAUGGCACUCCCAAGACUGAUCAUUCGAAAAGUGGAUAAACAGACAGCGUUACUGGAUGCAGAUGAUCCAGUAUCGCAGCUCCAUAAAUGUGCAUUCUACCUUAAAGAUACUGAAAGAAUGUACUUGUGCCUUUCCCAGGAGAGAAUAAUCCAGUUUCAAGCCACUCCAUGCCCAAAAGAACCAAAUAAAGAGAUGAUUAAUGAUGGAGCUUCUUGGACAAUCAUUAGUACAGAUAAGGCAGAAUAUACAUUUUAUGAGGGGAUGGGACCAGUCCAUGCUCCAGUAACACCUGUGCCUGUUGUAGAAAGUCUUCAAUUAAAUGGUGGUGGAGAUGUAGCAAUGCUGGAACUUACAGGUCAGAAUUUCACUCCAAAUUUACGUGUCUGGUUUGGGGACGUGGAAGCUGAAACCAUGUACAGAUGUGCAGAAAGUAUGCUGUGUGUUGUUCCAGACAUUUCUGCAUUCCGAGAGGGUUGGAGGUGGGUCCGUCAGCCAGUCCAGGUUCCAGUAACUUUGGUCCGUAAUGAUGGCAUAAUCUACUCCACUAGCCUUACCUUUACAUAUACACCGGAGCCAGGCCCACGACCACACUGCAGUGCUGCAGGAGCAAUUCUCAGAGCCAACUCAAGCCUCAUGGCUUCCAGUGAAACAAAUACAAACAGCGAGGGAAGUUACACAAAUGUCAGCACAAAUCCAACCAAUGUCACAUCAUCUACAGCAACAGUAGUUUCCUAACUACAGUGUUUGCUUGGACUUUAACAGACUUUCAAGUGCUACAGACAAGACAACUGAACAAUUUUGUGGUUUCAUGGGAAAACACCUUUCCAUUCUAAGUGAUAUUAUUUGAACCUUGUUACCUGCAAGUGCUGAUCUUAAAAAUA